AUGAUGAUGAAGAGAGCUGUUCUGCUGGUGAUCAUCUGCCUGGUGAUGUCUGCAUCUGGCUCCCCAUAUUAUCCAUCUAUUAGGUUUGGUCAGAGGGACACGUCCAUCCUGAUGACAUCAUCCAUAGGGCAGCCCAUUCACCUGAGACGAGAAAACAACUCUGCUCUGAGGCAACGAGCCGAGCUCCGAUCAGGAAGACAUGCAGAUGCGAUCUUCACAAAUAGCUACAGGAAGGUUCUAGGUCAAGUCUCAGCCAGGAAGUUCCUUCAGAGCAUAAUGGGAAAACAGCUCCACUAUAAUGUAAAACGCAAGUCAGACAUUUACAAGGACACCUAUGAACAGGAUCUGUCACCCAUUCAAAGAAAACGGUUACAAAGGACAGCAAAACAAUGUCAAGAAGCCAAGAUUCCCAUGCCGUGA